AUGGCAGACACCGAGCAAUCACCAGCAGCACCAACAGCACCCGAAGCCACGACAGCAACCUCGACUGCCCCCAUUGCCCCAGUCGCAAUCUUCAAGAAGCGCGGCGCAAAGGGCAAAGCAAACCUGCGCAAACGUCCCGCCUCUCCGCCACCUGUAGCAAAAGACAGUGACGAUGACUCCUCCGACUUCGAGUCCUCCGAGGACGAGGUGACAGGCCAGCGCAUCAAGCGUCGGAAAAAGAACCACACGGCAGCCGUCAUGGCCUCAUCACGAGAUAAUGCCGGUUCCAGUACCAACGGAGAAAUUACAAAAGAAGAACAAAUCCGCAGCAACACCAUCUAUUCAGCGGACCGGGACGCUGCGCUAAGGCUGGACGCGACGAAGCAGGAUGCUACGAAGGGCAGCAGCUGGUUUGAUGAGGACAAGGAAGACCUCUCAACAAAAAGUCUGCUAGGAAGGACGAGGAACAUAAAAAACACCAAAAAGCAGAGCGGGGAGGAUGAAGCGCCGCAAGGACCGGAACGAGAACCGGACGGGACAUACAAGGGCCUGGCGAACCAAGCGAGUUACAUACAAAAGAACCCGAACGCGCCAAAUCGCAAGGUUGGGCCGAUCAAGGCGCCGAGCAAUAUUCGGACGAUUACGAUUACGGACAUGGCGCCUGAUGUUUGUAAAGACUACAAACAAACCGGCUUCUGCGGCUUCGGCGAUAACUGCAAAUUCCUGCACGCCCGCGAAGACUACGCCCACGGCUGGCAGCUCGACAAGGAAUGGGAGAACGUGACCAAGGGCAAGAAGAACCUCCAGGGCACCGUCGUCUCCAGCGCCGACAAGCGCAUGAACAAAAAGCCAUCAGACGAAGACGAAGACGCCGACGCCGCGGAAGAAGCCAUGCUGGAAAACAUCCCCUUCGCAUGCAUCAUCUGCCGCGGACCCUAUUCGAAUUCCCCCGUCGUCACGCGCUGCGGGCAUUAUUUCUGUGAAGGGUGUGCGCUGAAACGGUACCGAAAGGACCCGAGCUGCGCGGCGUGCGGUGCGGGCACAAAUGGGGUUUUCAACGCGGCGAAGAGGCUGGCAAAGUUGUUGGAGAAGAAGAGGGCUAGGGCGGAGAGGCUGAGGAGGGAGGCGAAGGAGAGGGGGGAGGAAGUUAGUGAGGAGGAGGAGGAUGGAGAGAGCGGGGAGGAGUAG